GGAAGCGCGCACGCACCAGCGUCUCAUUGAAGGAGCGGAGCCCAAGAGGAGCGAAACAUGGCGACCUCGAAUAAUCCGCGAAAAUUCAGUGAAAAGAUCGCGUUACACAACCAGAAGCAAGCGGAAGAGACAGCUGCGUUCGAGGAGGUGAUGAAAGACCUGAGCAUUACUCGCGCGGCGCGUUUACAAUUACAGAAGACUCAGUAUUUACAGCUCGGUCAGAACCGAGGACAGUACUACGGCGGCUCUUUGCCAAAUGUCAACCAGAUUGGAAACACCACCAUUGACCUCCCCUUUCAGGUGAGGAGCACACUGACAGGUGAAAUUAAGAAUGCAUAUGUGGAAUGCAAGUUGGGUACUGACUUCAAGUUUGUUUGUUUUCAUCAGACUCCUUUUCAGAAUUCGGGAUUGGACACAAGCAGAACAACUCGUCACCAUGGGCUGGUGGACAGGGUCUACCGGGACAGGACUCGCAUAACAUCGCCUCACCGCAGACCUCUCUCUGUGGACAAACAUGGCCGUCAAAUUGAUAGCUGUCCGUAUGCCUCUGUGUAUCUGUCACCCCCACCUGAUACCAGCUGGAGGAGGACCAACUCAGACUCUGCCCUGCAUCAGAUCACUUUGAACCCAAACCCACAAGAUGCAUUUGCAGGAGGGUCCCAAGAUUUGCAGCCAAAACAAGUUCUUCUUCUCACUAUGCCUGGAACAGGGGAACCUGAAAGUGACAUGGACAAAGAAGGUCAAAAGCAGAUAUGGGAUCACAAAAAGACUACUUCAACAAGGCCCAAGUCAAACAAAAUACCUGGAAUCAACAUAUUUCCAUCUCCAGAUCAGGAGAUUAUUGCAUCUCUAAUCCCAGCGGCACACAACACGGGCGGAUCUCUGCCAGACCUGACCAAUAUCCAGAUUCCCCCUCCUCUCACCACACCCCUGGACCCUGAUGACUCCUCUUCCUCUCUCAGUGCCUCCAACAGCACUGGCAACCUGGCCAACAGUCACAUGGGCCUCACGUCUGCCAGCCAAGGUGUGACAUCAGCCCAGCCCACAGCGACAGUGAGUGUUCAGCGCCGCCAUGAGAAUGUAGUUCCUCUGAUCCUCAACACAGAUUCCCAGCAGCACCCGAGUCUUCAUCAGCUGUCGCCCACACUCUCUCCUCCGCUCUCUCUCGCACAGGCGGUGGCAAUAGAUGCCAUGACGCUGGAGCAGCAGUUGGCUCAGUAUGCGUUCUUCAGUCAGCCGUCCACACAGACACAGGGGGCCGGUGGGCUUCCCCAGCUCCAGCAGAACACCCAGCUGCCAUCUGUCUCCGGAAGUCAGACACAAACCUCUGUGGGCAAUGAUAUUAACACGGCUGCUUCCCUCCAGCAGUACCGCUGUAGGGUGGGGUCUUCGGCCAAUCAGUCUCCAACCUCUCCGGUCUCCAAUCAAGGCUUCUCUCCGGGGGGCUCGCCUCAACACUCAUCCAUUCUCGGAAGUGUCUUUGCUGAUGCCUUUUACGACCAACAGCUGUCCCCUCUGCAAACCAACGCUUUGUCUCAGCAGCUGGAGCAGUUUAACAUGAUUGAGAAUCCCAUCAGCUCAAACAGUCUGUACACUGAGGGAUCCACUCUAAACUACUCUCAAGCUGCGAUGCUAAACCUCAGCGGGAGCCACGGCAGCCUGCAGGACUCGCAGCAGCUAGGCUACAGCAGCCAUGGGAACAUCCCCAACAUCAUUCUCACAGUUGCAGGAGAGUCUCCCCUGAGCCUAUACAAAGAGUUGUGCAACUCUCUGACAGGUGACGUGAGCUUUGACGCAGAUUCCCAGUUCCCUCUGGAUGAUCUGAAAAUCGAUCCGCUGACACUGGACGGCCUGCACAUGCUCAACGAUCCAGACAUGGUUCUGGCCGACCCAGCAACAGAAGAUGCUUUCCGGAUGGACAGACUGUAAAUCUUUAGGUAUACCAUGUUCAUUUGUCCUUCUUUGAGAUGGGUGUUUAAAUGGGAGGGAAGCAGCAUGUUUCGGGGACACUUUCCCCCUUUUUCUCGAAGCCCAUCCUCUGGGAAGAGAUUGCUGAGAAUGCUGCCGCAGCAUACUAGGGGAGAAUGGGAAAGCAGUGCUGCCACAUGUAACGAAUCAAGCUUUUGAGAAAGCAGCCCAUCGUUUCUUAGGAUUAUACACUCGCACCUCAGCAAUUGUGGUUCCUUUAGCUCUAUAGAGAGAAUGUGACACUACAUAAAUUCCCUCUUAAAAUUCAAACAUGCGUUCUUCCAUUUCAUUUCCUCCUCCUGAUGCCUGCCAUAAAUGCCUGUUACUUUCCUUUUUCUUUAAGUACAAAUGUUUAGUUAUGCACUUUUAUACAUGCAUAUGCCACCAAAAACAUAGUUUAUGAUCCGUUUUGAAUUUAUUUUCCUAUACAAAUGUUUCUUGCUUGAAAAAACAUGAAUGGUUCAAAAGGAGUGUUAAUCCUCCCCAUUUUAAGGGCAGCUUUCAUGCACCUGCAACACGUCAACAACACUAAUGUACUUCAGUGCAGUCUGAACAUAUGAUUGUAAUGUUUUAUAGAUGUCUAGCUUUGUCACGUCGUUUUAGAUAGUGGUACAGUGCUAUUGUGUGCUCAAGAUGAUCAAAUUCAUCUGGCUGAAAAGUGUGCAACUGGGAAUCUUAAUAUCAAAAGACACAUUUACACGUUUAAUGGGAUAAGUUCUGUCAUCAUUUGCUCACCCUUGUAUGCCUUUUAUUUGUGGAGGAAAAUAUUUUUGUCCAUACAUUAAAAGACUUUCAUUGUUUUGUCACACACACAAAAAAGAAACUCGUACAGGUUUGGAAUGAAGAGAGAGAGUAAAUGAUGACAUUACUUUUCAUUUUUGAGUGAACUGUCCCUUUAAGAUGUGCAGUAUAUGCACAUAAACAAUGUAAAAGGAAGUGGCUAGUGAACAAUUUGUUAUGAAUUUAGGAAACCUUUUCAUGCCAGUAAUAUGGUGUUUUAAAUCAACAGACUUAUAUAAUAAAUGUACAGUAUGUAGUGUUACAGUUCGGCCUCAAAUCUCGGCCAUGGUAAAGGGUACAGUCAAAAUGAUGCUACAAACUUUACUCUGAAAGAAACAUUAUCUGACAGUAUGCGAUCAUGAUGAUCGUUUGCAUAUACGUAUGUAUGUAUCAGAACUAUUCACUGUGAUAACCAGAUUCUGCCUUACACUGAAGAUGCAGUUUUUUGUCCGUUUUGUUCUCCGUAGCUGAAGGUGUUUUCUAGUACUGUAACUCACGAGGUUGUCCUGGCACACAGUUCUCUUUCAUCUACUGGUGGCUUUGUGAUAUCAUAUGCCCAAAUGGAGAGGUUUACUGCUCUUUUUAAAUCCUGUCACUUUCAUCUUUUUCUCAUGUUUCUCAGACUUUUAUACUCUUACCACAUUUGUAAGUGUGAGAAUUUUGUUUACAAUUUGAAAACAUUAAUAUGAUCUUAAUGUUUAAAUUAUUGAAAUGCUAUAUAAGUUUAUGUAAAAUUUCUCUACCUACAAGGGGAUAAUCUGAUUUGGAUUAAUAUCUAUGCAAAGCAUAAUCACAUACUAAAUCACAAAAAUACUAAAGAAAAGGCUCAAACAGACAUACAGCUUUUAAAGCAUCUGUGGGUUCUGAGUCUGUGCAGCUGAAAUUUACUUGUUACAUGGAUUGCUUUGUCUGUUGUCCGCAUAAAGGAAAAAAAACGAAGCAGUUAAUGCAUGAAAACCAUUUGGAUUCUCCGUAAGGGAUUGUUCUUGAAAGGGAUCUGAUUACACCGUGUAAAUUCCCUUUAUAAAAAAAGCAUGAUCUACAUGUGCUUUGUCUCUGACAAUGAGGAUCAUGAUUCAUGUGUUCAAAAUGUAAAAUAACUGACGGGAAUGAUGUGUCAGGUAAUCAGUUACUGUUAUAUUCUUUUACUUGACUGCUUCAUUGAAAAGAACAGCAUUGCUGAAACCAGAAUGUAUUUCAUCAUUUUUAUGUUGGACCAAACAUAUUACUGAAACUAGCAUUAUUUUUGUUACUGUGGCAUUUGUGUACCUUUCCACAUGUUUAAUAGUUGCCCUCUGCUUUGUUGUGGCAUCUCCAUUUCAUUUGCAAGAGGCUACUUUGUACAGAAACUCAUAGCUAUUGAACUGUGAGCGUUUUUUAUUUUAGUUUUAUUUUGCAUGUCUGACCAUCACAAGUAUUGGUGAUUGACAAGCUGUGCACUUUUAUCUCUUUGAUAUUUUAUUUUACAUCUCUAUAUAUGUGUUGUGCAUUUGUAAACUUACUACAUGAAAUCACUUCCUACAUUCACUUGGCACUUUAAUCAAUACCCAAUCCAUUUUUUUUGUUCACCCCUCUGAGUGACUGUUAAGUGCACUGGGUCUAUUUCCCCCUCUGUUUGGCCGACUUUGCCUUCUAAUCUAAGACAAGUAUUUUUGAAGAGGAAAAAGUAUCUGUUGUCUAUUUAUGAUUUUAUACUUGGUCAACGCAAAAAAAAAACAUUUUUAUGUAGUAUUAGGAAAAGUUUGAAAGUUCCCCAAUAUUAACAAAAUGCAUUUAAGAAGGCAGGUUACCUUUCUGCAUCUCAGUUCAACAUAGUAGACCAUUGUACCUUUUAUGAAGUUUCAUCUGUGGAUCAUAGUGUAUCGUUUCAGUGAACCUAACCAAUCCAGAACAUUUCUGGUCCAGAAAGGAGAGCAUGCAGACAAGACAAAGUCAUCAGUGUAACCCAUAACCUGUUCAGUAUCUAAUGUAUGCACCGUCAACAUGUAUAUAAAUGCAACACUUACACAUUUCUAUAUUUUAAAAAGUAAGAGUAGAUCAUAAAAUAU